AUGGAGAGCGUCGCGGGAUCCUCAUCGAAUGCAUGGACCGACGGGCAUCUUCUCAACAGCCGACGAAUGCAGGUCUCAGCGCGUCUUUCCACGCCUACUGUCCACGAUCUGCUCUUCGCCGACGAGUGCGCCCUCGACACUACGAGCAUAGAAGACAUGCAACGGAGCAUGGAUCUCUUCGUCUCCAGCUGCGCCCACCUCGGACUGACCAUCAAUGAGGACAAGAUUAUGAUCAUGCAUAAACAGCCACCGGACGCUAAAUACAAUGUCCCUCGCAUCCACGUCCACAGCACCGAGCUGAAGACCGUGGACAACUUCACCUACCUGGGCAGCCUAGUGUCACGCUACAUCCGAAUCGACAACGAAAUGGCCCACUGGAUCACGAAAGCCAGCUAG